AUGCCUGCCCGACGCCCACAUACAAAAUCCCGCGCCGGGUGCCAGCGAUGCAAGGAAAAGCACGUCAAGUGUGACGAGGUCCGCCCAACGUGUGGCGCGUGCGCGAGAUACGGCGUCCCCUGCCUCCCCAAGCCCCUGAAAACACUCCGCCGGGCCAGGUCCGCCCUGCCGGAGAGUCACACAUCCGUCGCAGCUUCGCCUGCUCCGUCGCUCGCCACCCCAAGAGAAAGAUCCUCGCUCAGUCUAUGGGAAUUCCAACUUCUCCACCACUGGAUUAUCCAUGUCACCGAGUCUUUCGACGUCAGCCCCGGCUUUCGCCGUGCCUGGGCGGACCGGGGCGUCCAAUUGGCCAUCGAGCAUGAUUUCUUUUUACACAUGAUCCUCAUGCUCGCUGCUCUUCACCUGGGCCUGACCAAGUCGCCUUCCUUUACCGAAGCACAUCGUGCCUUCAUCCUAGGAGGUUGCUCCCAAGCGACCGCUCGUUUCCGGCAGGAAGCUGAAAACGUCAGCGACUCAAACUGUCACGUUGUCCAUGCUUUCCCUUACCUCAUGUCGAUCUAUGCCCUGGCUCUGCCGCAGUUCGAUCGCGAGGAGAAAGGCGUAGACGCGGUCCUCGACGAGAUGAUCCAUAUACUUCUUGUGAUCAAGGGCAACGCUCACGUCAAAGACACAUGCAGCCCACAGACCCGAGCGCAAGUGUCACUACGAUAUGGAUCUGAUGCGCGCGCUCUGGGAUCUACGGCCUUGGAUAGACUCGUCAAACGAUCACCCGGACAUCCGCGGCAUCAAUCUGCAGACUCUCCAGCUGUUCCUCAAAGCCCUCGAGGUCCACCUGAAGCCGAGUCUGAGGCCGCUUGCAUGGCCGAAUGCGAUCCAGAGCAACUACAUAGGCUUGCUCAGGCAGCGGAACCCGAUGGCGAUGGUGAUCUUGGCUCAUUACGCCGUCGUCCUUGGGUACUGCAGCUCGCAGUGGUGGUGCUCAAACUGGGGCGCGCGACUGGUGUCUGUGAUUGCGGCGAUGCUGCCGGAGAAAUACCAACCGGCAAUUGCCUUUCCAUUGAAGGUGUUGAAUGUGAGGAAUGA